AAGAAAAUCAGUGUUACUCAGAACAUGUGAAGUGCGUAUUGUUUUUGUCAUAAUAAUACAAUAAUACUGGCUGAUUUUGGUUUGUUUCUUGUUUAAAUAUGGAACGUAAAAUGGACGAAAUGAUUACAGACACAUCAACAGAUGAAAAGGAAAAAAAUAACAACGAUAAUAAUGGAGAGACAGAUUUCAUUCAUGGAAUAUGUCGACAGAAAUAUUAUGAAGGAAAUUAUAACAUGUUUUUAUUAAUAUUUAUUAUAGCAGUGUCCAUAGGAGUGAUUGUACAGAAUUUAAAAUUAGAUAAUUCAAAUAAAAAUUUUACCAAAGAUUAUAAGACCGACAGAAGGAAGUACUGGGUAUAUUCUGCGUACAACGAUGUAGAGAACAAAAACGGAUUAUUAAAGCAUGUCCAUUUAGUGCUUGAAAGAAUAGGUUAUGAGAAAAGUUCUAACACAACUCCUUGGAGUCUUUUAUGGUCGCACGAUUACCCUUUCCGAGUGUUAUAUCCAAAUUUACAUAGAUUAAAACCAAAUCAGAUGGUCAAUCACUUUCCCGGUACAGGAUUUAUAACUAAUAAAGUUGAUUUAGCAACUUCGAACUCUAAAUAUAUACCUAAAGCGUUCAAAUUGCCCGCCAACAAGAAUGAGUUUCUACAAUACGCAUCAAAGAAUAAAGAUGCAUUAUUUUUGGAGAAACACAAUCAACACAGAGGAGUAUUUCUCAAGAAUGUGAGUGAAAUAGACUUGUCAAGUGGAGAAAGUUUCGUGCAAGAGUAUGUACAAAAACCGUUCUUAGUGGAUGGACAUAAGUUUGACAUUGGUGUGUAUGUUGUCCUAACGUCUGUUAAUCCUCUAAGAGUUUAUUACUACAAAGGUGAUGUAUUAUUCAGAUACUGUCCUGCAAAGUACUAUCCAUUCGACCCCAAAGUAUUAGACAAGUACGUAGUAGGAGACGAUUAUCUGCCAACGUGGGAAGUGCCUUCUUUAGCACAUCCCUACACCGCGCUGGGUUUUACUAUGAAAGAAGCGUUUGAUACCUACGUUAGGUCUAAGGGCAAAGAUCCGGCAGUAAUGUGGACCGAAGUGGAGAGCGCUAUAUCUGAAGUAUUUCUGAACAAGGAACAUCAUAUCAUUGAGGCACUCAACAACUAUCCAUCAGGAGACAACUUCUUCGAGAUGAUGCGGUUUGAUUUAGUUGUAGACGAGGACUUAAAGGUUUAUCUUCUAGAAGCUAAUAUGUCACCUAAUUUAAGCUCAGCUCAUUACCCGCCAAAUCAGCUACUGUACGAACAAGUCCUGUUUAACCUAUUCUCUCUGGUUGGUGUUGCCAGUUACAUUAAUGGACGAGGAAAUACAGAUUUAAGGGAACAGACCCAAGCAGAAAAUAUGGUGUCAGCACAGAAAAAUAUAGCAGUAUGGAGUGACGAAUGCAGUACAAAAUGCAGAGAUCGGUGCGAAGCCUCACCGAUUUGUAAUCUGUGCAGACCUUGUCUUGGCGCCAAAUUGAGAAAAAAUUUACUUCAAGCUCAUAGAGAAUUCUUACACAAGGGUGACUUUAAAAGAUUAUUUCCACCUGAAAUGACACAAAAACAAGUGACUACAGAGCAAUUUACAAGCUUGAACAAAAUGAAUCAACUGCAGUAUUUAUGGUAUCAAGGAAAAUGUAACAUCGACAUCACAUGGUGUAAAUAAAAUCGAUUUAUAAAACCAUUUAUUUAUUAAAAAUAAAACUUAUUUAUUAAAUUUAAAA